AUGGCACAGCGCCACAAAGCUCCAUCGAAGACCUCCCUCACCACGGAAUUCCCCAACCAUAAACCUCCUCCACCACAGAGCUCCCCGACGACAGAUUCCUCCACCAUAGAGCCCCCACCACAGAGCUCUCACCAAAGCCCUCCUCUCACCAAGAGCUCCUCCCCGAGCCUCCACCACAGAGCUCCCUCUCAACUCCUCCAUCAAAGACCUCCCCCACCACAGAGCUCCUCCAUCAAAGACAGCGAGCUCCUCCAAAGCCCCCUAGACUCCCCCACCACCUCCUCCACAAAGACCUCACCACAGAGCUCCCUCACCAAAAGCCCUCCUCCCCCACAGACCUCCCCCACCACAGAGCUCCUCCAUCAAAGACCUCCUCAGAGCUCCUCCAUCAAAAGACCUCCCCCACCACAGAGCUCCCUCACCAAAGCCCUCCUCCCCCCCACAGAGCUCUCCAUCAAAGACCUCCCCACCCACCAGAGCUCCUCAUCAAAGACCCCCCGCCCCCCAGCGAGCUCCUCCAAAGGCUUCCUCCACCAUAGAGCUCCCCCCACCACAGAGCUCCUCCAUCAAAGACCUCCCCCACCACAGAGCUCCCCACCAGCGCCUCCUCCCCCACAGAGCUCCUACACAGAGCUUCCUCACCAUAGAGCUCCCCCACCACAGAGCUUCCUCCACCAUAGAGCUCCCCCACCACAGAGCUUCCUCCAUCAAAACCUCCCCCACCACAGAGCUCCCUCACCAAAGCCUCCUCCCCCCCACAGACCUCCCCCACCACAGAAGCUCCUCAUCAAAGACCUCCCCCACCACAGAGCUCCUCCAUCAAAAGACCUCCCCCACCACAGAGCUCCCUCACCAAAGCCCUCCUCCCCCCACCACAGAGCUCCCCAUCAAAGACCUCCCCACCCACAGAGCUCCUCCAUCAAAGACCUCCCCCCCCCAGCGAGCUCCUCCAAAGGGCUUCCUCCACCAUAG